UGGUUCAGUCAGUCUCAGCAUCACUGCUCUAGGCAGCAAGCAGAGCCAUUUUGGCUUCUACAUUACAGGGCACUCAAAGAUCUCUCCUCCAAGAAGCAGGCCUCGCCGGGCAUCCAGCUACACCUCGCUGGAACAAAUAAAGGAUCCUCUGUUAAACAGAGGGAAAAACAGACUGUUUUCGACAUAUCAGAGGAAGAGCUGAAAAAAGAGAAUUUGAGAAGCCAGCACAAGAGGCAGUAGUGGGAGCUGAUCUGUAGAGUCAAUAGCUGAGAGCAUCAGAGGAUCACCACCGUAAAGGUGAAAGCAGUGCUUUCAGCGCACACACAGAGGCACCAUGGCAGCGGCCUCGGUGAAGGUUGCGGUGAGAGUCCGUCCCUUCAACUCUCGUGAGAUGAGUAAAGAGUCCAAGUGCAUCAUCCAGAUGUCAGGAAACACAACCACCAUCAUCAACCCCAAAGCACCCAAAGAAACCAAAAGCUUCAAUUUUGAUUACUCCUACUGGUCACAUACCUCGCCAGAAGAUAUCAACUUUGCCUCCCAGCAGCAGGUGUUCAGAGACAUUGGAGAGGAAAUGUUACUUCAUGCCUUUGAGGGCUACAACAUUUGUAUUUUUGCAUAUGGCCAGACUGGGGCCGGUAAAUCUUAUACCAUGAUGGGCAAACAGGAAAAGGACCAGCAGGGGAUCAUUCCACUGCUGUGUGAAGACCUUUUUACCAAGUUUAAUGACCACAAUACUGAUAACAACAUGUCCUAUUCUGUGGAGGUUAGUUAUAUGGAGAUUUACUGUGAAAGGGUACGAGAUCUUCUGAACCCAAAAAACAAAGGAAAUCUGCGUGUGCGAGAGCACCCAUUACUGGGCCCGUAUGUAGAGGAUCUGUCCAAACUCGCCGUCACAUCAUAUAAUGACAUUCAAGACCUGAUGGACUCAGGGAAUAAGGCUAGGACAGUAGCUGCCACUAACAUGAAUGAGACCAGCAGCCGUUCACACGCUGUCUUCAACAUCAUCUUCACCCAGAAGCGCCAUGACUCCGAAACAGACAACACUUCAGAAAAGGUCAGCAAAAUCAGUCUGGUGGAUUUAGCCGGCAGUGAGAGAGCAGAUUCCACAGGAGCCAAAGGCACACGGCUCAAGGAAGGGGCAAACAUCAAUAAAUCACUUACUACCCUGGGAAAAGUCAUUUCAGCUCUGGCUGAAGUGGACUCUGGCUCAAACAAGAACAAAAAGAAGAAGAAAGUAGAGAGUUUUAUUCCUUACAGGGAUUCUGUACUGACCUGGCUACUGAGAGAGAACCUUGGUGGCAACUCUCGCACCGCAAUGGUGGCGGCUCUCAGUCCUGCUGACAUCAACUAUGAUGAAACCCUCAGCACUCUCAGGUAUGCAGACAGGGCUAAGCAGAUCCGUUGUAAUGCUGUGAUCAAUGAAGAUCCUAAUAACCGUCUGGUGCGUGAGCUGAAAGAUGAGGUGUCCCGUCUGAAGGACCUCCUCUAUGCCCAGGGCCUGGGUGACAUCAUCGAGAUGACCAAUGCUAUGACGGCGAUGAGCCCCUCUCCAUCUCUCUCUGCCCUGUCCAGCCGGGCUUGUUCCAUCAGCAGCCUCCAUGAUCGCAUCAUGUUCAGCCCAGGGAGCGAGGAAGCCAUUGAGAGACUCAAGGAAACAGAGAAAAUCAUUGCCGAGCUCAAUGAAACCUGGGAAGAGAAGCUUCGCCGUACAGAGGCCAUCAGAAUGGACAGAGAAGCACUGCUGGCCGAGAUGGGCGUGGCCAUGCGUGAGGAUGGAGGAACUGUUGGAGUCUUUUCACCAAAGAAGACACCCCACCUGGUGAAUCUAAAUGAAGAUCCUUUGAUGUCUGAAUGUCUCCUGUAUUACAUCAAAGAUGGAAUUACCAGGGUGGGGAGAGAAGAUGCCAGCAGAAGACAGGACAUUGUUUUGAGUGGUCAUUUCAUCAAAGAGGAACACUGCACUUUCACCAGCACCACUGGACCAAUGGGAGAAGCUGUCAUUCUUGAGCCGUGUGAGGGAGCAGAAACUUAUGUCAAUGGAAAGAGAGUAACAGAACCCACUGUUCUCAAAUCAGGGAACCGAAUCAUUUUGGGCAAGAGCCAUGUGUUCCGCUUCAACCAUCCAGAGCAGGCUCGUCAGGAACGUGAACGAACCCCCUGCGCUGAGACGCCAGUGGAGCCUGUAGACUGGGCCUUUGCUCAGAGAGAACUCCUGGAGAAACAGGGCAUUGAUAUGAAACAGGAAAUGGAUCAGAGACUGCAGGAACUUGAGGAUCAGUAUCGCAAAGAGAGAGAAGAGGCCAACAAUCUACUGGAGCAACAGAGAUUAGACUAUGAGAGCAGGUUAGAAGCCCUGCAGAAGCAGGUAGAUCGUUAUUACCCUGAUGCAGCAGAGGAAGAUGAAGAACCUGAGGAGGAAGUGAAAUGGACUGAGAGGGAGACAGAACUGGCGCUGUGGGCUUUCCGUAAAUGGAGGUGUUAUCAGUUCACAUCUCUCAGAGAUCUGCUUUGGGGCAAUGCCAUCUUCCUCAAGGAGGCCAAUGCCAUUAGCGUAGAGCUAAAGAAGAAGGUUCAGUUCCAGUUUGUGUUAUUGACGGACACGAUUUAUUCUCCACUUCCACCUGACCUGUUACCACCCGAGACAGCUAAAGACCGCGAGAAAAGUCCAUUCCCUCGCACCAUCGUGGCUGUAGAAGUCCAAGAUCAGAAAAAUGGAGCUACACAUUAUUGGACCCUGGAGAAGCUCAGGCAGAGGCUGGAUCUGAUGCGAGAGAUGUAUGAUCGUGCUGCUGAGGUGCCUGGCAGUGCUCUUGAAGACUGUGACAGUGUGCUGACUGGAGGCGAUCCGUUCUACGACCGUUUUCCCUGGUUUCGUCUGGUUGGAAGAGCAUUUGUGUAUUUGAGUAAUCUGCUCUAUCCUGUGCCCUUGGUCCAUCGGGUUGCCAUAGUUAAUGAGAAGGGAGAGGUCAAAGGUUUCCUCAGAGUAGCUAUACAAGCAAUAUCAGCCGAUGAAGAGGCACCAGACUAUGGCUCUGGCGUCCGGCAGUCAGGCACUGCCAAGAUUUCUUUUGAAGACCAGCAGUUUGAGAAGUUCCAGUCAGAGUCCUGUCCUUCUGGUCUUUCACGUGCUGCUGUCUCUCAGGAAGAGCUGCGAAUUGUGGAGGGUGAGGGCCAAAAUGCAGAGAUGGGACUGUCAGCAGAUGAGGUCAACAAUAAUACCUGUGCAUCUAACCCAGAGGAGCUGGACAGCCCUGUCAAAACUGGUCUUGAUGGCAUACUGGACGGCGCUCUGGAUCACUUGAGGAUUGGAGAAGUCUUUACAUUCAGAGUUACUGUGCUGCAGGCAUCAAGCAUAUCCGCAGAAUACGCAGACAUAUUCUGCCAGUUCAAUUUUAUUCACAGGCACGAUGAAGCGUUUUCCACAGAGCCGUUGAAGAACACUGGACGUGGUCCACCACUUGGCUUCUAUCAUGUGCAAAAUAUUGCUGUGGAAGUGACUAAGUCUUUUAUAGAGUACAUAAAGACUCAGCCAAUCGUGUUUGAAGUGUUUGGACAUUACCAGAAGCAGCCUUUCCCUCUGCUCUGCAAAGAUCUCAUUAGCCCGCUGCGCCCAUGCAGACGACAGUUCCCAAGAGUCAUGCCUCUUUCCAAACCAGUACCUGCCACUAAACUGACAGCUCUCACACGACCCACGGCAGGACCGUGCCACUGUAAAUACGACCUGAUGGUCUUCUUUGAAAUCUGUGAGCUAGAGGCCAAUGGAGACUAUAUCCCAGCCGUAGUGGACCACCGGGUAGGCAUGCCAUGCCAUGGCACAUUCAUGUUACAUCAGGGCAUCCAAAGGAGAGUCACAGUCACCAUAGUACAUGAGUCAGGACGAGAUAUCGAGUGGAAGGAAGUGCGAGAGCUGGUUGUAGGGCGCAUCCGGAACACGCCUGAAGCAGAUGAGACAAUCAUCGACCCCAAUAUUCUCUCUCUCAACAUACUGUCUGCAGGAUACAUCCGACCCGCACAAGAUGACAGGAUAUUCUACCGUUUUGAGGCUGCUUGGGAUUCAUCCAUGCACAACUCUUUGCUGCUUAACCGUGUCACUCCUUAUGGAGAGAAAAUCUACAUGACUCUGUCUGCUUAUCUGGAGAUAGAGAACUGCACACAGCCCACAGUGAUAACCAAAGACUUAUGCAUGGUGUUCUACUCGAGAGACGCCAAGCUCCCAGCAUCUCGCUCCAUCAGGAACCUCUUCAGCAGUGGCACCUUGAGGCCAUGUGAAGGGAACCGUGUAACUGGUGUGUAUGAGCUCAGUCUGUGCCACCUGGCUGAUGCAGGGAGCCCAGGAAUGCAAAGACGGCGCAGGAGGGUACUGGAUACAUCGGUGGCAUAUGUGCGAGGGGAGGAGAACCUGGCUGGCUGGAGGCCCCGCAGUGACAGCCUCAUCCUGGACCAUCAAUGGGAGCUGGAGAAACUGAGUCUCCUGCAGGAGGUGGAGAAAACCAGACACUACCUCCUCCUUAGGGAGAAGCUGGAGUCCACCCUGCUGCUGGGCCAGGAGUCGCUGCUGUCCUGCGGGAGUGAGGAUCUAACCGAGUCCUCCUCCCCAUCCACCCACCUGGGCCUGGGCCACAACCCUUGCCCCGGUCCUGACAUACCCAACGAGAGGCAGAAGGAGCUGGCUGCAAAGUGUCUUCGUUUGCUUAACCACACCUUUAACAGGGACUACAGCCAUGUGUGUGUUAGCGCCAGUGAGAGCAAGUUGAGCCAGAUGUCAGUAACUCUUUUGAAAGACUCUGCCUCAGUGUGUGCUGAAAACACCCUUACCCCGUCCUCCACAUGCCCCUCAUUGGUGGAGGGACGCUAUGGCCACAAUGCUGAACUCAGACCCCCAACACCUCGAUCUCGUGCUCUCAGCCCCAUCCCUGACUCUGAAACAGAGAGCAAAAUGUCUCCUCAAGAGUCCAAAUCAAGAACCCACACUUUUGUGCCAGACAUUCAGGAAAUCCGUGUCAGCCCAAUUGUGUCAAAGAAAGGUUAUUUGCACUUCCUGGAGCCCCACAGUAAUGGCUGGGUUAAGAGAUAUGUGGUGGUACGCCGGCCUUAUGUCUACAUCUACAACACAGAGAGAGACACAGUGGAAAGGGCCAUUCUUAACCUGUCCUCUGCACAAGUGGAGUACAGCGAAGACCAGCAGGCAAUGCUGAAGAUGCCCUACACAUUUGCGGUAUGCACAGAGCAUCGUGGGAUACUCCUUCAAGCCAGUAAUGACAAGGAGAUGCAUGAUUGGCUGUAUGCCUUUAACCCUCUGCUUGCUGGAUCUAUCAGGUCUAAACUGUCAAGAAGAAGAGCUGGGCAGAUGAGGUUUUGAGCCCACUACAUGUAUACCUUCUGUACAACUCCUCGAGGACAAAAAACACAAAGGACUAACCUUGUAAAUAGAUCUACUGACAGAUCCCCCAGUUUCUGUGCUUACUCAACUCUCUGACCCUCUGUUUCCUACAUGUGUGUACCUGCACCUGCUCACACUAGCACCAACUGUGCACCUGUAUCUUAAAGGCCCCUUUGUUGUGCAUCUACAGUGGCCUAAAUAUACAACUUAUAGCGCCAAGAGAACAGGCGAACUACUUUAUUGGGGUAGAGAUAGUAUGCUUAUGUAGUCUUCAGCAACAUUUUAGAAAGCAGGUGAUGGGAAUUUCUAAUUCUGAAGCUGUCAGCUCAUGCAAACACAUCUGAAUUUGUUACUGUGAAGAGUGACGUCCAUAUCUUGGGUUUGUGGGGAAAUGGAUCACAUGGCCUUACUGUGUUACUCUAUGGGUUUAAAACGAUAAAACUGGUCAGUAUUUAAAUCAGCAGACCAUAUGUUUAUUCAUCUCUUGGCUAUGGAAGAUAGAAUUGAUCAAUGAUACGCAGUUCUUAGCAAGGAGCAGAUGAAUCACAUCAUAUUACGCUCUUACUCUCUUUAAGUGCAGUUCUUGGACACAGUUCAACCCAUCAUAAAUACUCAUAUACCUUUAUAAUGUUUCCCUUGUAUGGCCUUGAAAUGCAUACAGUUUUCAAAAUAACCAGGACGCAUUAGCGAAAAUUUGGCUAAGGAGAAUGGUUGCAUUCUCAUGUCUCUGUAUGAGAACCAUUAUAAAGAUUUGGCCUAUUUUUGUUGGAGUACUGGUUAGUAGAUUUAUCUAAAAUGUAUCAUAAAAAUGUAUCGGUAUCCCCAAAUGAUCUAAUUUACUUUGAAAAUUUCUAUUAAAGUCUUAUCUUGUUAGGUAUUUAUUUAACAUGUUUUUAUUUAUUUCAGUAUGUAUUUAUUGACAAAGACUGUAAUAUUUUUUGAAGAAGUACAGUGCAAUUUCUGCAUAUGGCACUUUUUUAUCAUGAGUUGACUAACCUCCCUUUUACUGACCGCACUGCUCUCAUUUCCCCCCACACAGUGAAAUGCAUUUGGGGAACAGGUUAGAAGUGAAUAGCUGGGAUAGCUGCUAUUACAUGUAGAUUACUUGAAAAUGAAAAAUGCUUUUUGCAAGAUUUAUCAGGUUGAGUAAAAUAAUCAUUCUUGCCCAGACUCAGAAAUGAGCGUUUGUACAGUGGUCAGUCUUGGAAAAUGGAAGGUUUAGAAGUUUGUUAGAACAAAUCAAAUGUACAGUACUGAUGGAAUUUUCUACACACACCCUAGAGAGUGAGGAGAUAUGAUUUUGUGCCUCUUGCAUCCUCUACUCUGUUUUUGUUUUACAAUUUCCAUCAUCUUAAUCCCUGUGCGCUUCUUUAACAGGGUGAAUGUCCACUUUAAGGCCCACUUAUGCUACCACCCUUUCUCUUUGUGUGUAAUCAUUCCUGUGCACAGGCAAAAGCAGUUUUAUUUAUUUUAUUUUUUUUAAUUUUGCAUAUUUGUGACC